CAGUAACAUAUUUAAUCGGCGGUAAAUUGUUGUAUAAAUAAUGUGUAAACCCGCCUUUCGUCGGAGCAUUUCACGCAUUAAUUUGUGUUUACGUAGGGACACACAUCUCUGGGUUACUUUUUUGUUGCCCCCUGUCCCUCCUUACCAACCGUCUUCCUUGUACUCAACGCGGAAGCUACGAGCAGAGAGUCAUGUCUGCGAUUAAUUUAGGUUGCACCUACAAACUUGUGAGCCAUGUCAUUUUCGACAUGGAUGGAUUAUUAUUAGACACAGAGCGGCUGUACACCGUGUCCUUCCAGGAAGUGUGCGACCGCUUUGGGAAGCAGUACACGUGGGCGGUGAAGUCGUCGGUGAUGGGGAAGAAGGCUCUGGAUGCUGCCCAGGUGAUCCGGGACGCUCUGGAGCUUCCUCUGACCGCCGAGGAACUCCUCGCUGACACCAGACGGAUACAAGAACGCAUCUUCCCCUCCGCUCAGCUCCUGCCAGGCGUGGAGAAGCUGGUGCAGCAUCUCCGUAACCAUGGCGUCCCCGUGGCGGUGGCCACCAGCUCGGCCGGCGAGACGUUCCAGCUGAAGACGAGCCGACACCAAGACUUCUUCGGCCUGUUUGACCACGUCGUCCUGGGAGACGACCCCGAGGUCAAGAACAGCAAACCUCAACCGGACUCCUUCCUCGUCUGUGCUGCCAGGUUCAACCCCCCCGCUGCUCCAGAGAAGUGCCUGGUGUUUGAAGACGCUCCCAACGGCGUGAAGGCGGCGCUGGCGGCGGGGAUGCAGGUCGUGAUGAUUCCCGACGACAACAUGGACCCGGGUCUUACCCAGGAGGCCACGCUGCGACUCCGGAGCAUGGAGGCAUUUGAGCCGCAGCUCUUUGGCCUGCCGGCGUUCGACUGAGCCGGAAAACCUAAAACCUGACGUUUUAGAGACAACUAAUCCAUUCGUCCAGAAAAUAAUCCACACAUUAAUCCAGGGUGAAAAGAAUAGUUAGUUGCUGCUCUAGCUGCCCGUCACUUUAGUUUCGGAGCACCAGAGGGCAGCGCGGGUAUUUAAACCCUGUUUUCAAAGUUUCUAUAUCAGACAUUUGGGUUUCUUUCAACCAAAUUUUCCCAAAAUAACACGUAUGGUUCCAUACAAUGCUCUUCAAGAGAUCUCUACUUUCACUGAAUUCUACGGGUUUUAUUUUAUGGCAUUAUCCUGACUAAUCUUUGACAUAUCUGUGAUUAACCAUUACCUUCAUUCCUCUGAUACUGAUGAUGAUUGAAAUAAGCACCAAAAACAUUGGAAAAAAAAUGAGCAAAACGUCGAAAAAAAGAAAUGUAAAAACAUCUCUACAAAUGGUGUACAUU